AUGUCGGUGUCAGGAGUUCACAACUGGCUCUGCCUCCUUAUCAUCACAGUUGUGACUCUCGUGGGGAUGACUGCAAACGGAUUCAUCUUUAUUUCGGACUGCCGUGAUUGGAUCCAAAGCAAAACACACUCAGGUUCGGACCUCCUGUUGAUGUCCCUCAGCCUAACCCGGUUUAUUUUCCUUGGAAUCACGCUCAGCUUACAUUGUAUUAACUUCCUGGAUAUUAAUCAACCCAAAUACGCCGGAAACGUCACCGUUUUCUUCUGGACCUUUUUCAAUGCCGCCACUCUGUGGAUUACCACCUGCCUGGGAGUCUUCUACUGUGUGAAAAUUGUCAACUUCACCCAGCCUAUCCUCAUGAAAAUGAAGCUGAGGAUUUCCAACGUGGUUCCCCAUCUGCUCGUUGUGGUGAUGCUGGUUUCCUUGAUCUCGGCUCUUCCUUUCCUCUGGAUUGAGGAUCACCCCCAAUCUUAUAACAACACAGAGCGUAGACAUGAGGUGACGGCCCAGAUGUUCCUCUUUGGUAUGCUGUACAUUCUAGGGACUUUGCCAUCUUUUGUCAUAUUUUUCAUUUCCUCUGUUUUUUUAAUCUACUCCCUUGUGCACCACGUGAAGAGGAUGCAGAACAACUCACUUGGCUUUCGAGAUCAAAGGAUGGACGUUCAUCCGAAGACCAUUAAAAUCCUGACCUCCUUCCUCAUCUUAUAUGCCGCAACCUUUGUGGCGGAAGUCUCAAUGACCUUUUCCCCCAGCCCCUGGGCAGCGGUUGUUUCCAUAACAGUGGUUAGUUCAUAUAAUUCAGGACACACUGUCGCUUUGAUUGUCAUGAAUUCCAAACUAAGGGAACGAUUAAGCAAGAUGUUCUGGUGUCUGAGAAAACAGACAUGA